AUGGACCCAUUUGUGGAUGUUUUCCUUGCGGUUGACGAGGAUCACAAUGGAGAGAUUACUGUGGAAGAACUGGAGCACUAUGCUAGUGCGAAUCAUCUUGACAAAACCAUGGUGCAAACAUGGAAUGCUUUAUUCGAUCCGAUGCAAAACGGAAGUAUUACGCUCCCCAUGUUUUGCGAGAAGUUGGGUCUCAAACCGGAAGAAGUGAUUAGCAUACGCGAGGAACGGCUAUCAAAAGCAGCUACUAUUCUUCCAAGUGACGUUCGAGUGAUCAGUGCCGAUAUGUCCUUGGUGGAUCAAGUUAUGAUCAUCAACGAAAUUCGAAGAAAUUUCAAGGAAGUUUCAUCCUCCCAAGAACUACCGAAUUUAGCAAAACGAAUCAAAGUGUUUUUGGAUGGUCACUUCGGACUUUCGUGGCAGGUACUGAUUGCCGUUGGCUCCUAUUGGGCCACUUACACUUAUCUCUGUGGUACAUCGAUCCAACUUUUCAUGAAUGAUUAUUCCUACUUAAUAUGGAGGGUCGAAGAAUAA